GUAGGAGAGGGCGUGUCUUGAACGGAGGGUUCCGUGAGAGAUUCUCGAGGAGUAUUCUGCGUGACGUGGGGAGCGAACGGCCAUCGCCAUGAGUACCAGACACGUGACCUGCAGAUAUUUCUUGCACGGCGUUUGCAGGGAGGGGCCGCGCUGCCUCUUCUCACACGAUUUAGCGACCAGCAAACCGUCUACGAUCUGCCGCUUUUACCAGAAGGGCCAAUGUGCGUACGGCGCGCGCUGCAGAUACGAUCACGUGAAGCCUGCAGGAUCUCCUCAGGGGCUUUGGAUCCCGGACCCUUCAUGUGCCGCAUGGAAGGGGCCCCCACUGCCAACCCCGGGGCAAGAAGCCGCCGAAGCUGCCCCCACAAGCACCCCCCCGCGGAGAGAAAAGAAAUCCCUCGUCCUGUGUGAUCGCGACCUCUGUGGAUUAUCGGAGGGAAACCCCCAAUGGGAUCCGGUGCCGGGCCACGGCCACGAAGCCCACGGGACGGAGGGUGAGGCCAAACCCCACUCUUACCUGGAAGCCAUCUGUACGGGGCUGGAGGAGGUGGAGGUGACCCCGACGCGCCCCCCGGACUCCUCGCAGCUAUGUCCGUACGCGGCUGCGGGGGGCUGCCAUUAUGGCGAGAAAUGCGUGUAUCUCCACGGCGACGCCUGCGGAAUAUGCGGCCUGCGAGUGCUUCAUCCUCACGACCAGGAGCAGAGGAUGGCGCAUGAAAAGCUGUGCAUGGCGUCCUUUGAGCGUGACAUGGAGAAGGCGUUUGCGUUCCAGGCCAGCGAGGAGAAGGUCUGCAGCGUCUGCAUGGAGGUCGUCUACGAGAAGCCGUCGGCCACGGAGAGGAGGUUCGGGAUCCUCUCCAGCUGCAGCCACGUUUACUGUCUGUCCUGCAUCAGGCAGUGGAGAUGCGCCAAACAGUUCGACAACCCUGUCAUAAAGUCGUGUCCCGAGUGCCGCGUGGUAUCGGAGUUCGUGAUCCCGAGCGUGUACUGGGUCGACGACCAAAGUAAGAAAAAUGAACUGAUCGAGGCGUUUAAGCAGGGAAUGGGUAAAAAGGCCUGCAAGUAUUUUGAUCAGGGCCGAGGGAGUUGCCCUUUCGGGGGUAAAUGUCUUUAUCUCCACGCGUAUCCGGACGGCACAAGGGCAGAACCGGAGAAACCACGGAAGCAGCUGGGCUCUGAGGGCACUGUCCGGUUCUUUAACUCUGUCCGGCUCUGGGACUUCAUCGAAGAUCGAGAGAACCGGAGCGCCACGGGUAACGAAGGCGACGACGUGGCGGAUCUCGGCGACCUCUUUAUGCACCUGUCGGGAGUGGAUCGUGAAGACGCCACCCCCGAAUAAUUAAAGCUCCGUAUUAGAGAAG